GCAAGCUUCUCUCAAACGCUUCCGCCUCGCAAAAGUAAAAUGUAGUAGGUUUGAGUGUCGUUUCCUACCAAAUAAGUUACAUCGUCGAUAAAUUGGAUUUAAAGCAUUAAUGUGAAUUAGCGAAAAUGUUUCCUGGGAGUAAAGUUUCAAACGACAACGGCCUUUGGCCAUGCAUUGGAAUAGCAGCUCUUAACGUCAACAACAGCUCGAGCGGGUUUGGUCGCAAGCCACUAGUAAUGCCAGAACCGAAAGCCCAGAACGAGUUCGCAGGGAACGGUCUCCAGGGCUCGGUACCAUCCUCGCCUGAGUCGGACUGCGAGGAAAUAGUUGAUUACAGCCCCGUCUGCGCCGCUCUGGAAAUGGACACGCGCGAGAUUAUUGACAUUUUCUUAAAAAGCUUCACAGGACUCCCUCAUUCUAAAAGUGGAAAAAAACAGAUCCUAUCUACGAUGAAGCGGGUUGUGGACAGUCUCGUGGUGAAGCACGAAUUGGCUUACAAAGGUAUGAUUGCACGGCUGAAUCUGGAGGAGAAAGGAGAAGAUGUGAGUUUUGUCAAGACUGUGGCAACAGAGCUCUUCAGCGAUGGCAUCACAAACUGGGGGCGCAUUGCCAGCCUGCUGACUUUUGGGGCCAUUGUAUGCAAGCAUCAAAAUGAUAGAGGACUUAGCAAGUGUGUGAGUCUGGUGGGGGAAGAGAUCUCUUCCUAUCUUCUCACAGACCAACGGCACUGGCUGCUCAAAAACAAAGCAUGGGAUGGCUUCGAGGAAUUUUUCCAUGUCCCGGAUACAGAGGGAGCUGUGAGAAACGCAUUGAUGGCCAUUGGUAGUUUUGCAACAUUCGGAGCUGCACUUGCUUAUUUGAUACGGUGAAUCCAAAUGGACUUUGUGACAGAUAUUGAAAAACAAAAAGGACUCUAAGUGAACUUUUUUUCGUCUUCUUCUUGGAAACAUCUAAGAGAAAUCAGUUUGCUUUUUAGUUUCAAUAUUUCGUCUUUUUUGGAUAUCAAUUGUGUAUAUAAAAACUUGUUCAAAUCAAAAACUAUUUUUUUAUUAAAAUGUAAAAUGUUCAGCUGUUCAGAUCUCAGUUGCUGAUGUGCAUGUAACACGUUCAAUGCCAGUUUUUGUGUGCGGUUUACACAAGAAUCACAUGUUAAAUUGUCAUUACACGUUCAGCAGUGUUCUGUAUGCUAGACAUAUAUACUUGUCUAAAUUGGGAAUUUUGAAAAAGCUGCACAUUAAAAGUCACAACUAUUUGUUGCAACCCAUUUUUUUUAAAAAUUGUGUAAUUGGUUAACACCUUCACAUUUUCACGAUUUCACUUUGUUUCAGAAAUAUUCUUUUGCAAUAUAGUGCACAUGUAUCCACAUAUGAUUUCAGGUGCUGGCUUUAGCUUCAAGUAAGCUUUAAAGCUUUUUUCUAAAAGCUUAUGGUGGUUCUGUUUUUGAGUCCUAUAAGCUUAGGACUAUGAUAGCUAACCACAAGGCUGCUAAAUGUUUUCAUUGCCGAUUGACAUUUUGGAUACACUUGAGAAGUCAUGGUUAUUGAUCUUUUUCUGUGAAUACUGUUUUCUAAACUGCAAAUUAAACCCUUUUUAUAUAUAUAUAUAUAUAUAAAUAUUCUUAGUUUAAUCCCUCACCACCGUUAAAUGUGUGGCUAGGUAAAGUACAAACUUUAUGUGCUUUAUUUAGCUAAUAAUUAGUAGCUUUUCAUCUUGCGUGUUAUUGUAGCUAUGUAACUUGUGUAAAUGAUGACAACUUCUGUGUAUGCUCUCAUUCACUGUUAUUGCGGCCUUGUGAAAAAGUAUAUAUUUUAGGAAGUUUGUCAGAGUCAUAAAGAAACUCACUGAUGUAUGUGAACACCAUUGGGUGGGGGGGGUCUUAUUUCAAAGAGUUGAUUUUGUUUGCUUAGUCAUGUUGUUGAAUAACACUGUACUAACUGUAGAACCAAAACAUAUUAAUACUUAAUAUACAAACCCCUUGCCAUCUUGCAACUGAUGUUUAUGAUUAUCUGUACGACUGAGUAUCUUGACUGUAAUCCUGGCUCAAAAUAUAAUUUUAUUUUGUCACCUGUAA